AUGUCCUCUCGCGCCGCCACCCCUGCGUCGACGCCUUCGCUCGUCAACCGCCGCCUCGCCUCUCUGCUCGUAGUCCUCGAGGCUCCGCCGACCGCCGACGCCGCGCUCGACGUGGUCGAAGAGUGGGCGCAAGACUUGUCGCCGCUCGUCCUCGCCUAUCGCAAGGCCCUGGGUGCCAUCCACGACGAGGAGACGGAGCUGCGCGUCGCCGCCGCCGUCAAACAGCUCGCAGAGCGGGCGUCGGAGUCCUGGGUCGAGUGGGCGUGUGGUGACUGGCCCGAGCUCGCGACCGCCAUCGACGCCGAGGUCGAACGACGCGCCGAAGAGCAGAAGCACCUCGCCGAGGAGGAAGCACGAUGCGUCGAAGAGGCCACGAAGCGUGCGAAGGCCGCCAAGGACCGUCGCCUCGAAGACGAACGGCGUCGAAAGGACGAAGAGGACCGUCUCAGGCAGGCCGCUGAAGACGAGCGUCGUGCACAAGAGGCCGCCGACGAGGAGUUGGCGAGAAUCGCGGCCGCCGAGGGACUCCUCGCUGACCCCGCGCCUGCCGGUGUCGACAAGGGGAAAGGGCGCGCGAGAGUCGACGAGGAGGUCACCGAGUUGUCGGACGACCCUUCUGUCAAGACUCCUCGGACGGUCGAACGCCCGUUCGCGAUGACGGAGGUCGACAUGACCGCCGUUGCGCUUGAGAAGCACCAGGCCGGACAGAAGUGUGAUCGUUGUGCCGGCUACCGCUCGGCCCUGGUCGAGUGCGUGUGGGUCGAGAACGCCACGACCUGCGAGAGGUGCGCGCAGUUCCAACAGGGCUGCUACUUCGACAAGGUGUCUGUCCUGGGCAAGACAAAGAAAAUGCGCGGCGGAGGAUCAACCACCAAAAAGCGCAGUAAGUUGUUUCUUCUGAAGCGCCGAGUCGACGAGCCUCCGCGCCCACUGCUUCGACUGCCUCUCGAUGGGGCUGGCCGCCUUGGCCUUGAACAGGACGACCUCGAUGCGCUCGACCUCGACGACGAAUCUCGGGGGAUCAUUCGCGUCAUCCGCGAGGAGCGCGCCUUCAUCGCUCGCCGUCGAGCGCUCCUACACGACAUGGACCUCGACCUUCAAAAGAUGGAGAAGGCCGCGCUCGCGAAGGGGGGAAUCGGGUUCGUGCGCGGGGCUGUCGACGAUGACUAG